AUGGCAGCUGCGGUAGGGCCCCCUCUCUCUGACGAGGCCCCCUGGUCCAUGGGCCUGCAGGGUGCAGACAGCAGAGGGAUGGGCCCCCCCCAAGCAGCCUCUCCUCCGGGGCCCCUCCAGCCGCCUGCCGUUUCCUUUGGGGGCACGGGGGCCCCCGUCCCGCCUGCCAGUACCCCCGUUUUCCACACAAUCGGCCUUGAAAACUUCCCUGCCUCCGCUUCGAAGGUGCUGGAACAGCCUGCCUUCGCCCCUACGGUGCCCAUCGGCGGUGUAAGCUUGCAAGGCGAGGGCACUGAUGGGGCCUCUGCGCAGCCCUGGCUGGUACUGCCGCAGCAAGAUAUGCAACAGCAGCUGUACUAUGACAGCCAGCCAGUGCUUCAACAGCCGCAGCUGCAACAGCGGCCGCAGUCCCUUCAGCAGGGGGCACUCGGCGACACCCUCUCCAUGGGGAUGAAUGAGGGCCCUCAAUGGCAGCCAUCCCUGGAAUAUGCAGGCGAUGGCUCAAGCGCCUUCAACUACGCAAGUGCCUGCAUGCUGCCCUCGCAGAGGCCUUCGCCCUAUGGGGCCCCCCCGAUGCCGACUCUGCCUUUUGGCGAAGCCACCAUGGGGGCCCACCCAUCCCUUGCAGCUUGGCAGGCGGGGAACCCCCAGCAGGAGGCUUUGCAAGGGCCUCACACAACGGCUGCUACGGCUUCCUUCUUUGGCAUGUGCAUGGGGGCCCCUCAGGGGCAUCCGACAGGACUUAGUGGGAAUCCAGAGGCCCCUUCGGGAGGUGGCUCGUGGUUCCCACUCCAGCAGCAGCAACCCCUAGAGGCCCCUGCCAUGUACCUUUCCACAGCACCCCAUUGCGGAGGGUCUGUAAAGCCGGAAGGGAAAGGUUCGAAGCCUUGCAAAAACAGCGGAGUCUCAAGAUGCGGAGACACUGGAGCAGAGAGUGCUACCGGUGCCGGGGGCAGUGGGGCCGUAGCAUGCGCAGCCACCAGACCGGCGAAAUUCUUCAAGCAGCACUCGCCAGAUAAGGCUCAAAUAAAGCCCAGAGGGAAGGGAGCGAACGCGCAGGCAGCCGCGUGGGGGGAAGGAACGCCUAAGGAGCCCCCUAGUAGCAGCCCUAGUGUUCGUGUGGGGAAUGGACAGACGGCAGCGGGAGCCUCCACUGGGGGAUCGCAAAAGCCAUUAGGGAGCCUUCCUGAGGCAGGAGAAGGAGAGAGCAGUGCUCCGAAGACAGGGCACCGCCCGCGCGCUGUUAGACCCUCUGAGGUGAUGGCCAAGAUGUACUUUCAUAGGAAGAAGGAAGCAUGGAGGGCAGAGCUGCUGAUUGAAGGCACAAAAAAGCAAAAGUCCUUCUCUUGUAGGCUCUACGGAUACGAGAGGGCGCGGCUCAUGUGCGAAUGGGCUCGCAAAUUCGUUCUUAGAACGAGUCGCCUGCCUACAGACGAGGAAACCUGCACUUCUUUGGCUUCGCUUAUGAAGGAACCGUUGCCUCCCCAGGUACCUACUGGGUUGCCGUACAUGGGGGGGGAGUAUGUGGCGACCCCAGGGGCCCCUGCAGAUUCUGCCUGUCCCAGCACUGGAGAUGCUCAGGUGCAGCCUUCUGUGUCGAGGGGUAGGAGUCCGCCCAUAGCCGCCGAGCAGCAAGUCGGUGGGGGAGUUAGUGGCGGCUCGAACGCGGCAGCAAGCGUGAGCGAUUCAGCGCAUGGAGAUGAGCGCUGCGCCUUGCCACGUGUCAAGACCCCUCUCGACCAGCGGUAUACCCUUAUUGGGAUUUGCAAGAAGCGGAAAGAGGCUUCCAACGCGGGGGAGGCUAUCACGAAGGUGCGCAAGGGCAGCACCACUGCGCAGGGUAGCGCAUUCACGAAGAAAGGCCAGGCGUCGAGGGGGGGGCUGAGGGAUGCUGCUGGGGAUCCCUGUGGCAUGGACCCUCGAAGAAUGCAUACUGCAGAGGUUCUCCCUCCUUCUGGCAACGGAGGACGCUCUCAGGGAGCUCUUACAGGCGGGGGAGACGCCUCCCAGCACCUGGUGUCGCCUUAUUUCUCGUUUGCCAACGGCGGGGAGGGGGGUGCAGCCAGUUCUUUCGGGGGCAGUAACACGUCGUAUUGCGGAGCCUCCGACUUGCCGGAAGUGUGUCAGGCGGAGGCUUCCUCGGUGCACGGAGCUGGGGACCUUUUGGGGGCGCAUGCAGAGGACUCUUCUCAGGGGAAAGCCGUAGGUUCUCGUGCCAAGGGCGGCGGAGAUGCAGAGUCCAGCAGCGGUCCGUCAGCUAGUCCUUGGUUUGAAGAGCUGGAGCAGCUCAAGAAGAUUAGCCGUCCUAAAGGGGGUCGCGCCAAGCGCUUCAACGUCGGCAAGAAGCCCUUCAGCGGGGUGCGCGGAAUCUACUUCCAGCAAGGCUUGUGGAAGGUUAAAUACCGAGGGGAUCAAGAAGAGGCCAUGAAGCUCUUUCCCUACUGCCCUGGGGACGAGAAAGACAUGAAGCUGCAGUUCGAGCUGGCCAGGUCCUUUCUGAGGCAAGUCAUUGACAAGGGCCGCCACCUCCACGACAGCGAUGGAGAGGGUCUCUCAGAGGAUGAGCCGGCAUGGAUAGUACGCAGCAUUGCCCCCAAUAAGUGGGCAUGCAAAAAGGAGCCAAGCGCGUCAUCGUUGAAGUCCGAUUCGCAUUAUCGCCCCAAGUCUCCAGCAGCAGCAGCCAGUCGCAGGAGAGCCCCCGCAUCUACCAAGGGUCCCCGUCCUAGUGCCACAAAUGAGGCCUCCAGGGGACUGGUUCCUGUCAUGGCGGAUGAAUGGCAAGGUUCCGCUGGAACUGCCUCUCGCGCUUACUUCAACCAGAGAGCCCCUCUGCAACAGGGGGGUGGCAAGCUCUCUAAGGGCCUCCCUCCUGCUCUCCAGGGGCCUCCCUAUUCGCCUCCGACGUGUAAGGGAGUGCCACCUCCUCCUUGGCCUCAGAGAGGCUCCCCAGAGGCGAUGCCAACCGAGUUCGCGGCUGAGGAAGCCUGCAGCAGCGGCCCCCCUCCCCCCCUUGGGUGCGAGGGAGAAGCUGUAUCCGUGUGGUGUCCUCCCCAAGAUUCAGGCGAGGCUGGGCUGGGAACCGCCAUGGGGCGACCCUCAGAGUUGCGUCUGCCACUGCUGCCGUGCAGAGGCGUCUUCACCACUGCCGACAGUCCCAUGUGUCAAAGAUCUUCCCCCAGGGAGAAGUCGGCCUUCCCUCCGGAAAGCAGCACUGGUUUCUUCUCGGCUGUCACGACCACUGCCGACGAGGCGCUGCCUUUGGGAUUCUGCAGCAGCACAGGCGAGGGUGGAGGAGGCCCCCCCAAAUCCGCAAUGGCCACCUACCCUCAGAGCUACUUUUGCUGCCAUCCGGGGAACGUCCACGCAGAGGACAUGGGUUCCGCUGCUGCUUCUUGCGGCUCCCUCCAAGCCGAAGGAACCCCUCUGAUGCCUCAGCCCCUCAGUCGGGAUCUGCAAGCGGCGGCGCCCUUGGAUGCGUUCAACGGGGGAGUUGUCGCACACUCCCAAGGCACGCACUCAGGGACUGGUCUAGGUCCUAUGCAGUACGCUCCUUCGGGAGUAUCGGGGGGGAACUCAAUGCACAUGGGUGCUUUUCACUCUGCAGAUGGAACGCCGAAAGGGCCCGAAUGCUUUCUGCAAUUUAGACCAUUCGUAGAUCAACAGACAGGGCAUUUAGAGACCUCCCUCGGGGAGGAGCUGCUGUCUGUCGCAGGGUAUCCUUGCAUUUUCGGAGGCACUGUUGGGGGCUGUCCGCCUGCCUCCCAGCAAAUGCGGGGCGACUCCUCCCCACCCUUUCCUUCAAUGGAGGCCAGCAGCAUCCAUCUGGUUGAGCAGGGACGCACGGAAGGGGCGGGAAGGCUCCACAGGCUGAAUCCUCAAGUCAACCCCUGGACGUUCGACAGCCCCCUUGCUCUCCGCAAGCCAAAAGAUGCAAAGACUAGAGAGGCCUCCGAAGGGACCGCACCCUUCGACCAGGGGCCUCUGGCUAGGGCCCAGAAUGAAGGUGUUACUCGGGCCAGGCCGGAAUUUCUCCCGUGGGUUGUUGUUAGACCCCGAGAGGAUGAGGAGAAAGCCCUCACACCCCUGUCGGGGAGGGCCCCUGCGUGCUUGCUGCAGGGGGCCUCUGAAGGCUGCAAGUUCAUGCAGUAG